UGUGCCUUCUUGUGCGGGCCAAUGAGGCGCGUGGGGCAGGACUUCCGCCUCGCCCUGGUGUUGUCUUCCCCGCUCAGACUGGGGCUGUGGGUUGGUGCGGAUAUUCAGUUAUGAGCUCAAGCUAGGAUCUUCUUCAGCAGCCACGAGGCCGGCGAGCCUGUGUCCCGGGGGUCAGCCCUCCAGGUGACUUUCCAACAAGAUGCUGCUCUCCAUAGGGAUGCUUAUGUUGUCGGCCACACAAGUCUACACCAUCUUGACUGUCCAGCUAUUUGCAUUCUUAAACUUACUUCCUGUAGGUGCAGACAUUUUAGCAUAUAAUUUUGAAAAUGCGUCUCAGACAUUUGAUGAUCUUCCAGCAAAAUUUGGUUAUAGACCUCCAGCUGAAGGUUUAAAGGGUUUUUUGAUUAAUUCCAAACCAGAGAAUGCUUGUGAACCCAUAAUGCCUCCACCAGUAAAAGACAAUUCAUCUGGCACUUUCAUCGUGUUAAUUAGAAGACUUGAUUGUAAUUUUGAUAUAAAGGUUUUAAAUGCACAGAGAGCAGGAUACAAAGCAGCCAUUGUUCACAAUGUUGAUUCUGAGGACCUCAUUAGCAUGGGAUCCAACGACAUUGAUGUGCUAAAGAAAAUUGACAUUCCAUCUGUCUUUAUUGGUGAAUCAUCAGCUAAUUCCCUGAAAGAUGAAUUCACAUAUGAAAAAGGGGGCCACAUUAUCUUAGUUCCAGAAUUUAGUCUUCCUCUAGAAUACUAUCUAAUCCCCUUCCUCAUUAUAGUGGGCAUCUGUCUCAUCCUAAUAGUCAUUUUUAUGAUCACAAAAUUUGUCCAGGACAGACAUAGAGCUAGAAGAAAUAGACUUGGUAAAGAUCAACUUAAGAAACUCCCUGUACAUAAAUUUAAGAAAGGAGAUGAGUAUGAUGUAUGUGCCAUUUGUUUGGAUGAAUAUGAAGAUGGAGACAAACUCAGAAUCCUUCCCUGUUCUCAUGCUUAUCACUGCAAGUGUGUAGACCCCUGGCUAACCAAAACCAAGAAAACCUGUCCGGUCUGCAAGCAGAAAGUUGUGCCUUCUCAAGGUGAUACUGACUCUGACACAGACAGUAGUCAAGAAGAAAAUGAAGUGUCAGAACACACCCCUCUGCUUAGACCGUUGGCGUCUGUUAGUACCCAGUCAUUUGGGGCUUUGUCAGAGUCCCACUCGCAUCAGAACAUGACAGAAUCUUCAGAUUUCGAGGAUGAUGACAAUGAAGAUACUGACAGCAGUGAGGCAGAAAAUGAAGUGAAUGAACACAGUGUUGUGGUCCAGCUGCAGCCUAAUGGUGAGCGGGACUGCAACAUAGCAAAUACUGUGUGAUUUUUGGAAGUUGAUGGGUUUAUUUCCCCUUAAAACAUUUCUUUGAUUUUUUUGCUCCUUUUAGAGAUUUCUGUAGAAAUAACUUAUUUUUUAGUGUUCUAGAUUAAUCAGAUUACCAGAACAGGCUCUUAUCUGAUACUAAGCCACAGAACUUUAUUUCAUUUUACUAAUAACAGACUGGUGCUUUAACUCAGGCAUCAAGAUGAAACAUAGCCAAAACAUUUUUUUUAAAUCUCAGUAUAGCUUGUAAUUAAGACUUAAGAUCACAGGAUGAAAAUGUCCUGUUUCACACAUGAAAUCAGUGCCAUGGCCAUCUAGCAAACGGUAAAGCCAAUGCUCACACCUCGCUAAAGUCACUUAAUGAGUUGGAGUAUGUUGCCUUCAUUAGAGAAGCAACAAGGUAUUUUAUCAUUUCUCUCCUCCGAUCAGCACCACACAGAAAACUCAAAGCUAGUUUUUUCAUUUCUAUUCACAAACAGUCUUAUCCUGAUAUAAACGGCCUGUAAUUAAUGCAGAUUUCAGAAGGAUUUUAAUACUACAGUGUUAUGUGUGAUUAUGGUUCAACAGGUAAUGUCUUUGGACUUACGAGAUUUCCAUAUCCUUCAGGGUUGUAUGUUGGAAUCAAAGCAAAAACAAAAUGCUGCAUAAAAAUACCAAACUUCAGCAACUGUUAAUACUCAGAUCAUAUACCUCUAUAAAGAGCAUCUUAUGCUAAUAAGCCCUGCUAACCAGUGUACAGAGAAAAACGUUGAAGUAUUAGAUUUGAAACUAAAUGCUUAUGUUUAACAGAACUAAUGUACUAAAAUGAUGUAUUAUGAAAAGGUAAAUUAUAUUAUACACCAUUGUAACUAUGUAGAAAUUACAGAAAUGUAUAAUCAAACUGCUAAGAAUUUUUAUAUGGCCUUAUAUGAAGGGAGUUUGAAUGUUAAUAAAACUUUUCCACUUUAAAAACUA